CUCCUGACCUCAGGUAAUCUGCCCGCCUCAGCCUCCCAAAGUGCUGGGAUUACAGGCGUGAGCCGCCACGCCAGGCCUAGGAUGAGGUUUUAAAGAUUAUGCCAGUGCAGAAGCAGACCUGCCCCAGCCAGCGCAGCAGGUUCAAGGCGUUUGUUGCCAUCAGGGAUUACAAUGGCCGUGUCAGUCUGGGUGUUAAGUGCUCCAAGGAAGCAGCCACUGCUGUCAGAGGGAUCACUGUCCUGACCAAGCUCUCUACUGUCCCCGUGCAGAGGCCACUGGGGGACCAAGAUUGCAAGCCCCACACUGUCCCUUGCAAGAUGACAGGCUGCUGCGGCUCCAUGCUGCUGCACCUUAUUCCUGCACCCAGGGGCACUGGCAUCCUCUUGGCCUCUGUGCCCAAGAAGAUGCUGCUGAUGUCCAGUAUUGACAACUGCUACACCUCAGCCAGGAGCUGCAGUGCCACCCUGGGCAACUUUGCCAAGGCCACCUUUGAUGCCAUCUCCAAGACCUAUAGCUACCUGCCCCCUGACCUCUGGGAGGAGACUGUGUUCACCAAGUCUUCCUCUCAGUAAUUCACUGACCAUCUUGUCAAGACCCACACCAGAGUCUGUGUGUGGAGGACUCAGGCUUCAGCUGUGGCUACAACACAGGGUUUUGUUUUGAGAUGGAGCCUUGCUCUAUCGCCCAGGCUGGAGUGCAGUGGUGCAAUCCUGGCUCACUGCAACCUCCGCCACCUGGGUUCACAUGAUCCUCCUACCUCAGCCUCCCGAGUACCUGGGACUACAAGCGCACACCACCAUGCCUGGUUAAUUUUUUGUAUUUUUAGUAGAGAUGGGGUUUUACCAAUGUUGGCCAGCCAGGCUGGUCUCAAACUCCUGACCUCAAGUGAUCCGCCCACCUUGGCUUCCCAAAGUAACACAGGGUUUUUAUAUAAGAAAAAUAAAGUGAAUUAAGCCUGUUUAAAACAAACAAAAACACAGAUACAUAAACCAAUGAAACAGAAUAGAGAACUCAGAAAUUAAUCUAUGUAUUUACAGCCAACUGAUUUUUGACAAAAGUGCCAAGAACACUCACUGGGGAAAAGACAGUCUCUUCAAUAGAUUUUGCUGGGAAAACUGGAUAUCCAUAUGCAGAAGAAUGAAACCAGAUUCCCACCUCUCACUCUAUACAAAAAUCAACUAAAAAUGGAUCUAAGACCUACAUGUAAGACCUGAAACUGGCAGGGCGCAGUGGCUCAUGCUUGUAAUCCCAGCACUUUGGGAGCCUGAGACAGACAGAUCGCUGGAGCUCAUGAGUUUGAGACCAGCCUGGGCAACAUGGCAAAGACCCACCUCUCUAUAAAAAAUACAAAAAUUAGCUGGGCAUGGUGGUACCUGCCUAUAGUCCCAGCUACUCAGGAUGCUGAGGUGGGAGGAUGGCUUGAGCCCAGGAGGUGGAGGUUGUAGUGAGCUGAAAUUGCACCACUGCACUCCAGCCUGAGCAAUAGAGCCAGACUUUGUCUCAGAAGAAAAAAAAAAAGACCUGAAACUGUAAAAUGACCAGAAGAAAACAAGAGAAAUGCUUUAGGACAUUGGCCUGGGAAAAAUUUUUAUGAAUAAGACCUCAAAAGCACAGACAACAAAAGCAAAAAUAAAUGGAAUAUAUCAAACUAUAAAUCUUCUGCACAGCAAAUGAAACAACAGAGUGAAAAGACACCCUACACAACGUGACAAAAUAUUUGCAAACUACUUAUCUGACAGGGUAUUAAUAUCCAGAAUAUACAAUGAACUCUAACAUCUCAAUAGCAAAAAAACAAACAAUUCAAUUAAAAACAUCUGAACAGAUGUUUCUCAAAAGAAG